CGCCACCAGGACUCGCACCAGCCAGUCCAUUCUACUCGCACCACUCUACACCGCCACCACCCCAUCCCGCAAACUCGCACCAUGUCGUGGUUCUCUUCCUCCUCGUCCGGACCCAACAUCCACCCGGUCCAGCUCGCAUUCUCCGAUCCCAACAACCUCUAUGGCCCGCUCACAAAGGACGACCUCUCGUGGAACUGCGGCGGCGGCAUCAACACGGAGACGCAGACCUGGUACGCGACCAUGCCCUCGGGCGCCAUCGUCAUGUGCCAGAUCAUCCACUCGGCCGUCGGCCUCUUCUGGCCCAACAUCCAGGUCACGUUCCGGUAUGCCAACCCCAAGACCAACACGAACGUGUGGAAGUCGGUCACCGUGACCAACUUCAAGGUGGCGCCCUCGGACAAGCUCGACAAGCGCUCGUGCAAGUCGGACCAGAUCACCGUCACGGUCGACCCGGCGACCCCGAACAAGUACCAGAUCCAGGCCAAGUACGACGACGAGGUCCAGAUCUCGCUCGAGUACGACCAGCUGUGCCCGGGCUUCAAGCUCGGCGCCGGCCCAAAGGGCGGCAUGACCUACUUUGGCCAGCUGUCGCCCAAGCCGACGCCCGCCGGCGACGCGCCCGACUAUGCCGCCGGCGGCGACGGCUACUGCGUGCACCGCAUCCUGCCCCGUUGCGCCGUGUCGGGCAUCGUGCGCGUCGGCGGCGACGUCCUCGACCUCGCCGGCUCGCGCGGCGUCUUCAUCCACGCCAUCCAGGGCCUGCGCCCAAACCUCCUCGCCGCCAAGUGGAACUUCUGCAACUUCCAGACGGUCGCCCCCAAGGACGGCAACGACGACGACGCCGUGUCGCUCAUCCUCAUGGAGUUCACGACCCCGCCCGGCUACGGCUCCAAGGUCGUCACGGUCGGCUCGGUCGUCGUCGGCGACAAGCUCGUGUGCGUGUCGGCCGGUGGUUCGGGCGUCGUCGGCGGCGCCCAGGCGCAGCACCUCGACGCCGUCGUCGACGCCGAGACGGGCUACGCCGCCCCGGGCGCCAUCAAGUUCAGCUGGGAGGGCGCCCGCCUCGAGGACGGCAAGCCCGCCGGCGGCAGCGACUCGAAGGUGCACGCCACGGUCCAGUACGACCUCGUGACCGACAAGGCCAAGUACGACACGCGCGGCCUCGUCGAGAAGGUCGACGUUCUCGGCCAGAUCCCGUACCUCAUCCGCAAGUUUGUCAACUACGCCGCCGGCACCAAGCCCUACAUCUACACGUGGCUCAACCCGACCAAGGCGAGCAUCACGCUCGGCUCGGGCAGCGAAACCAAGACGCUCGACGUCGACGGCUGCGCCUUUGUCGAGGCGUCCUUCAUCUCCGAGUAGGGCCUCCCCCUCUGUGUACUUCUCUCUCUCUCUCUCUCGCCGUCGUCGCCUCCCCUCUGUACUCCCUAUUCGCGCCAGACUCUCGCUCUCCCCCCACGCAGCUCCAUCCCUGUCUCUCGCGCCCCGGCCCCCUUUUUCCCACUCAUUCCACAGGUUUAAUGCAACGAGAAGCUCCAUCAUCCAUCA